CCGCUUCCUCCUCUCGUCUCUGGAGGCGAAAUCUCCCCAUCGAUCCCUCCGUGGAAAUGUUUUUUUUCCUCCUCCUCCCAGUUGAGCUUCAUCUCCCUUUUCCACCCUCUUCCUCCCUGAGUUUCUCUCCAGUCAGAGAGGAGGCGCCAUUUCCCCCCCUUCGCUUCCCAAUGAAGGAGCCUCGUUCUGAGAUACCGAAACUGGAAGCCAUUUGUGGUCUUUGCAAGGCAAACUUUCCUCUUGGGGGAAGAAGAAAAAGAGCGGAAUCCCUUGCAGGGAUCAGUCCUGCAGCCCCAGAAAUGGUCCCGUGAAGGAAAAGGCAUCUGGAGACCCACCAGAGUCCGUGGAGCCAUUUGCAGUUGCUCUGCAGGACAGAGAAAGGAUGGAGACACAACCUUUUGCAAAGGAGGGAGCUGGAAAAGGCCCUUCAGCUGCUCAGCCUGGGAAGGGGGGGAAGCUCUGGACAAGACCCUGGCAGGAGAUCCUGGAGGAGGAAACCAUCCUCCCUUCAGAAGUUCAGCCCUGGAACUUCACCCAAUACCGGGAGGCUGAGGGUCCCCGAGGACUUUGCAGCCGACUCCAUGGCUUUUGCAGGCGAUGGCUGAGACCAGAAAAGCUCACCAAAGCCCAGAUGCUGGACCUGGUGGUUCUGGAGCAGCUCCUGUUCCUUCUGCCCCCAGAGAUGGAGGGCUGGGUGCGGGAGUGUGGCGCAGAGACCAGCUCCCAGGCGGUGGCCCUGGCGGAAGGCCUCCUCUUGAGCCAGGGAGAGGAGCAGAAGGAGCAGGCCCAGUUGCAGUGCUGCACUGUGGAGAUCAGAGAUCCUGAGGGAAAGAAGAACCCAUCAAAUCCCCCUCAGGAGCUAUUUUUCAGGAGGAUCCCUUGGGAAGAUCAAAGUCAGGACAUCUCAGGAGAGAAACAAAGAACGAAGCUUUCUGGGUUUUAUGACGGGGAUCAAACAGCGGUUGAAUCUCCAAAUCAAGAGAGUCUUGUGUCCUUCGAGGAGGUGGCUGUGUCUUUCUCUGAGGAAGAAUGGUCUCAGCUGGAUCCUGACCAGAAAGCGCUGCAUUCGGAAGUCAUGCUUGAAAACCAUAGGAACGUGGCCUCUCUGGGUAAUAAUGAGCAGGAGAAUCAAGUUUCCUGUGAACUGCUCCAAGUGAUCAAUGCUAAAAAUGGAAUGGAGAAGUUUGGAAUUCGAAUGGAAUUUGAAAGCCAUGAGAGAAACCACUCAAAGAAUUCGAAUCAGGAAAACUCAUCUUCCACUGAUGCUCCGAUGCAAGACUCUCUUGCCCAACAAGAGAAAAUAAGGAAAAAAUAUACUGGAAAAAGUGUGAAACUAAUAAAAGCUGAAUUACAAGUAAAUGAACACUAUUUAACCCAAAACAAAGGAGAAGAUGCUAUAAGAAGACAAAAUGGACAAAAUUACAAUGGGACAUUCAUUCUUUCUCUUGGAAAUAACUUUCUUAAAUCUCAAAAAGCGAUUGACACAAAAGAGAAACCUUAUAAAUGUUUGGAAUGUGGCAAAUGUUUUAAAACAAGCUGGAAUCUUACUUCCCAUAACAGGAUCCACACAGGGGAGAAACCAUAUAAAUGCAUGGAAUGUGAUAAAACCUUUGCUCAUAGAGGUAAUCUUAUUUCCCAUCAGAUGACCCACACAGGGGAGAAGCCGUAUAAAUGCAUGGAGUGUGGAAAGACCUUUGCUUAUAGCAGUGGACUUACUAUCCACAAAAAGCUCCACACAGGAGAGAAACCAUUUAAAUGCAUGGAAUGUGGAAAGACCUUUGCUCAAAGAGGUAAUCUUAUUUCCCAUAAGAUGAUCCACACAGGGGAGAAGCCGUAUAAAUGCAUGGAGUGUGGAAAGAUGUUUACUCAGAGCAGUGCACUUAGAAGCCACAAAAAAAUCCACUCAGGAGAGAAACCGUAUAAAUGCAUGGAGUGUGGAAAGACCUUUGCUUAUAGUAGUGGACUUACUAUCCACAAAAAGAUCCACACAGGAGAGAAACCGUUUAAAUGCAUGGAAUGUGGAAAGACCUUUGCUCGAAAAGUUACUCUUAUUUCCCAUGAGAUGAUCCACACAGGGGAGAAGCCGUACAAAUGCAUGGAGUGUGGAAAGACGUUUACUCAGAGCAGUGCACUUAGAAGACACAAAACGAUACACUCAGGAGAGAAACCAUAUAAAUGCAUGGAGUGUGGAAAGACAUUUACUCAGAGCAGUGGACUUAGAAGCCACAAAAAGAUCCACUCAGGGGAGAAGCCAUUUAAAUGCAUGGAAUGUGGAAAGACCUUUGGUCAAAGAGCUCAUCUUAUUUCCCAUGAAAGGAUCCACACAGGGGAGAAGCCGUAUAAAUGCACGGAGUGUGGAAAGACCUUUGCUCAAAAACGUAAUCUUAUUUCCCAUAAGAUGAGCCACACAGGGGAGAAGCCAUAUAAAUGCAUGGAGUGUGGAAAGACCUUUGCUCGAAAACAUCAUCUUAUUUCCCAUAAGAUGAGCCACACAGGGGAGAAGCCGUAUAAAUGCAUGGAGUGUGGAAAGACCUUUGCUGAAAAACGUAAUUUUAUUUCCCAUAAAAUGAGCCACACAGGGGAGAAACCAUAUAAAUGCAUGGAGUGUGGAAAGAGCUUUACUCAGAGCAGUGCAUUUAGAAGCCACAUAAAAAUCCACUCAGGAAAGAAACCAUAUAAAUGCAUGGAGUGUGGAAAGACGUUUGCUCGUGGCAAUGGACUUAGAAGACACAAAAUAAUCCACACAGGAGAGAAGCCGUAUAAAUGCACGGAAUGUGGAAAGACCUUUGCUCAUAGACGUAAUCUUAUUUCACAUGAAAGAAGCCACACGGGGAGAAGCCAUAUAAAUGCAUGGAGUGUGGAAAGACCUUUGCUCAAAAACAUAAUCUUAUUUCCAAUAAAAUGAUCCACACAAGAGAAGCCAUAUAAUUGCAUGGAAUGUUAAAAGAGUUUUGCUCAGAAUGGUCAUCUUAUUUCUCAUAAAAGGAUCUACACUCAGGAGAAACUACGGUGUUUUCCCGAAAAUAAGACAGGGUCUUAUUUUCUUUUGACCCCCAAAAUAAACGCUUGGCGUCAUUUUUGGGGAGGUCUUAUUAUUUUUGAGAUGCAGGAGGCCCCUAAACUGCAGCCCACGGUUCAGUGAUCCAGCGAGGGCUGGAAGUUCUGUUUCUUUUUCUGGCACACUCUUACCAGCCCUAGCGUCACUGGGCCUCCUCGUUGCUUCCUGUGUCAUCCCGGUGCUGAAACAGCCAGCCAGGGGGCUGCGUCAGAUCAUCUUCAGGGAAGCCAUGGCUGCAGCUCAUGCUCCUCCAGGCCCGGCUUGCUGAGGAGGGGGUGAGCAGCCCUGAUGCCUCCACUGCCCCUCCCACGGACUCAGUACUGCCAACCUUCCUCAUAGGUGCAGUGUGUUUCAAAGGUAGCAGCUCAUGGCAGUGUCGUCUUUUGGGAAGAAAGGAGUAGCAAAGAGCCACAAGGAGACAGAGAGAAAGAAAAGAAGGAGAGAGAGAGAGAGAAAUGAGCUGACUUUGUAUAAAUAUACAAAAGGAUGAAGGCUAUUGCUUAGCACAUUGUAAGCUGCCCUGAGUCUCCGGAGAAGGGCGGCAUAUAAAUCAAAUUUUAAAAACAACAACAAUGAUGGAGGAAGAGGAUGAGAGAGAGGAAAAAGAGAAACGAAUGAGAGAGAGAGAGAAAGGAAAGAGAAAGAAAGAAAAAGGGAGAGGGAGAGAGUAAAGAAAAACAAAUGAGGGAGGGAGGGAGAGAAAUGAGAAAAAAGAAAGAAAUGAGAACAUGAUGGAGGGAGAGGAUGAGAGAAGAAAAAGAAAUGAGAGAAUGGGGAGAGAAAGAAAAGAGGAAAAAAGUGUGAGAGAAAAAACAUGAGGGAGGGAGAGAGAAAUGAGAAAAUGGGGAGAGAAAGAAAAGGAAAGAGAGUGAGGAAAAAGAGAAAAACAAAUGAGAGGGAGGGAGGGAGAGAGAAAAAGGGAGAAAGAGAGAGAAAUAAAACGAUGGAGGGAGAGGUUUCCCCACACACAGGGAAACCACAAUGCUCAUGUAUGUACAACAAUCAAUUUAUUCAAAUUCAACAAUUUUUUCAAAUACAGUCAUGUCAUUUUCUGGAACAUCGUCAAAACUCCACACCCUGAAUUCCAGUCUGAAUUUCUUGUGAGUCCAUUUCGUUUAAAGUCAUUAGUCCCAAUCGCUGAUGUUUAGCAAUAGAGGUCUCCUUAAAAGAGUACCUCCUGUCCAUGUAGCCUACAUUUGCAACACAGUAGUCACUUAUUUUGUCCCUUAUCUUGAUCCAAGUCACAAACUCUGGCAGGCUAGGCUUCACAAAGUUUCCACACUGGUUUCUUGCGCUAGGCAAGAAACUUUUUUCAUAUCUUUUGCACGGUGAGUGCUGACUGAAUUCCAGAUCAGCAUAACUCUUUGGCCACCUCGUACAAGAAGAGGGAGCAUUAGCUCCGCCCACUUCCUGAUAGCCCCUUGGGUGCACCAGGCCUUUUCAGUUUCAGUUUCAGUUUUUCCUUCUUUCCCUUGGUGAUUAUUAGCGGUGUGACUUUGCUUCCAUCCAGCCAAAUAGCCAAUAUGUACGUCGCAUGUGCACUUUCAUAUCCCGUUGACGGAAUAUAAAUCGAUGUGGCACCCCUCUGAUCAAUUGUUGUUUCAGCUCCUUGGCCCACAAACACUGCAGUUUCGUCCAUGGCAAUCAUGUUGGAGAGCUGGUACUUGGAAAAGUCAAUGCCAUCAACGAAGGACUUGAAUGCAAGUGCCCGUAUGACAAGUUCAGCAUCUUCCAGCUUGAACCACAAGGAGAAUCUCCUCAGAGACAGUUCAUAUCGCUGAAGGAAGCCAUCCAGCUAGUGUUGAGAGGCUUUGAAUUAUUCCUGGGUAAUUUCCAACUAUGGUGCCAUUGCAAGGGCAAAUGCUUGAAUAUCAGCCCUGCGUACAACCAAAGUGUGGAAAUUGGGAUCGUAGAAACACCCAGGAGCAUAGAAGAGUCCAAAGGCAGAUGCAUGAAUAAAUGUAAUAAAUGUAUUUAUUCAUAUAACAAAACAUAUUAACUAUAUACAAAGGCUGUCUUAAUUUCCAUUAGGAUAGGGGGCACACAGCGUGUGUGACUACCCCUAUCAAAGAUCAUGUCUCAUGGAGAACAAACGUAAAAGAGAGCAUGGUGGAAAGGUUAGAGGGGGUUUUAUACUCAGUGUAAGACCCUCCUCUCCACAUAGGGGUGGGGGCACUUUCUGCCUCCACUAGUGUCUGUAUGAUACAUGUGCCAAUGGUUUGCAAAUACUUGACACAAAGCCUUUGCUCUCCUGUCAGCGAUCCAUUCGGGAUGCUGUCUUCAAGUUCAGGAAAUAAUGGUUGCCGACCUGAUCCACACUUGUGCUUCUUACCAUUUCCCUCCUGCACCUGUUAAAUGAGGUCAUCGUAUUUUCCUCUCCAUUUUCGGACCAUAUGGAGAUCCAACAAGCUGCCAGAUUCUUGCCCUGAGAAUCCUCCACGAUUCCUUUCUUGAAUUCCACGGAGUAGCUCUUCCUUUUUGAGCUCAACUUGUCUGGGGGUCAAAAUAAAAGUCAUUUUAGAUCAUUAAAUCCAUUAAUCCAAAACCCUGGGGGUGUGGUGGUUGGGAUUUGGUGUGUGAUGUGUGAUGUCAGCCUCCGCUCUUUCAUUGCUUACUUGCUCGGCUGCCAUGAAACGGGGGGAGGGGGGA